UACGUCACUAUGUUAUUUAAUUCAUCCAUUCCAUGUCGCUUGUGAUUAUUUUGCAUAUAUUAGUUUUGUGUAAAUGCAAGGCUCAAGUACCUUUUGGGGAUGAGGAAGCGGAGGCGAGGCAUGAGCUAGGACUUUACAAAAAUCUGCAAGAAGUUCUAAAUAUAUUUAGAAGAGAUCCGUCGCCGAUAGCCAAGCAGAUAAUAGACACGUACCUGAGUGUGUGCAGAUACACCGAGGAGCCGGUGCUGACCGAGGAACGGCGCAAACCCUUCAUUGUCAUCGAGGGCAACCAUCGCUCCAGUCAGUACCCACUAAAUGGGGAAACUCAAGCUUAG